ACUUGGCCUGGCAUGUGCCAGGACCUGGCUAGGCUGCAGGGCCAGCGCGCACGUAUACACACGCACACGCACAGACGGAAGACAGAAGCUCUCUAUGCUCAGCAGGAUCACACGGUUUCCCAGCGGGCUGUUUCAGUUGUGGAGUUUCGACCCCCAAGGAGACAGCCCCCGCCCCCGCCCCUGCCAGGCUCCUGACUUCCUGGGGGCCAUCCCGACGUGCUGAAUAAGCAGUGUGCAAACCCGCUCAUCCGCAGGGCUGGCCAGAGCCGGGCACAGGGUGGCCGCCCCGUCGUCGAGGAGCUGGGUCUGAGUCCUGCAUUUCCCAAAUCCAGGGCGGUCGCGAUAGCCUGGGCGGCUCUGUCCCAGUCCCGCCCACACCGCCCGCACAGCCACCCCUGGGACACGGUGAUCAAGGCCGCGAUGAGGAAGUACCCGAACCCCAUGAACCCCAGCGUGGUGGGCGUGGACGUCCUGGAGCGGGACGUGGAUGGCCGCGGGCGGCUGCACAGCCUGCGCCUGCUGAGCACCGAGUGGGGGCUGCCCAGCCUGGUCACCGCGAUUUUGGGAACCAGUCGGACCUUGACGUACAUCAAGGAGCGCUCUGUGGUGGACCCCAUGGAGAAGAAAAUGGAGCUUUGCUCCACCAAUAUCACACUGCGGAACCUGGUGUCUGUGAACGAGAGGCUGGUGUAUACCCCGCACCCGGAAUACCCCGAGAAGACGGUGCUCAUGCAGGAGGCUGUCAUUUCCGUGGAGGGCACGGGCCUCGGUCGCUACCUGGAGAGCCUCAUGGCCAGCACCAUCUCAUCCAAUGCCAAGAAGGGCUGGGCGGCCAUCGAGUGGAUCAUUGAGCACUCCGAGAGCGCCGUGAGCUGAGGGUCACACAGUGCUCUCCGCGGCAGCGUGUGCCUGGUACCGACCUCCGUGUGACAGCGGGAGUGCUGAGGGUGCAGUGUGUCUCUUGCCCUGUACACCCACUUCACCGCAGGGACGUGGGCUGCUCUGGCCCCUGCACCCCCUGCCCUGUGGCAGGGAGCCUGGCCUGGGCUGCUGACUAUCCCUGGACUUGUAUCCACGUGGAGGGGACAGAGUGCUCGUGGUGGGCUGAGCAGUACAGUCCAAGGCUGACUGGAGGGCCAGCUGUGGGUAAAAUGUGUAGACUUCUACAUGGUGCCGGAGGGGCCAGGACCCACGCGUGCUGGGCGUUGCUUCUGCUGACCCGCUCCCGGCCCUGCCCACAUGCAUCCUGGGACGGGUAAGGCACGUGGUGCGGGUGCUUCCCUUGCUGGGGCCAGUGCUCAGCUGCUGGCUUCGCCCUGUGUCUGCAGCUUCCCUGCCCGUGCUGGGCUGAGGAUGCGAUGAGCCAAGUGGACGUGUGGUCAGUGGUGCUGGGCACUCCUCGGGGCACCCGCCUCACGCCUGCUUGAGGCUCCUGGCCCCACUGAGCUGCGCUUCCCACCCUCCGUCUGUCUGUCCAUCCUUCCGUCCCUGGCUCAUGGCUGCCCGUGGGGCUCUAGCGACUGAAGCAGUGGUUGCACUCCGCCUCCACUGGAUGCUAGGCCUGCCGGGCCGAGCAGGCACAAGGAGCUCGCGGGGCUGGGGCCUGUGUGUGUGUGAGCGCCCGUCACGGGGUCACUUGUGAGCCGUAGGCUUCUGUGUCUCCAGGAGCUGGUGCUAACCUGCCUCCUUCUUUACCCAGACCCUCACCCACGGAAUCACAGAAGGCAGGCGAGCGGGACGGAGGCGGGCCCGGAGAGGAAGAGCGGAGAGGAGGCGGCGAGGCCACAGCUCUGCCCUCUGGAGAGGAGGAGCCUGCAGACCCUGCGGACCUCAGUUCAGAGCCCCACCCAGGCCUGUGAUGCCCGGGUUGCCACCCUGGGGGUGAGGGUGAGCAAGGGGCUGCCAGGGAAGGAGUAAGGCAUCGCCUGCCAGCCAGAGAGCCUGCGAGGGCCUGGCCUGAGCGCCCCUCUGUGCCCUCCUCCCCACUGGAGGGCGCCGGGCACCGCUUUGGUGGAGCAGGCACACUAGGCAGUGCCGGCUGCGUGCAAAGCAGGUGACACUGGAAACCUGCCGUCAUCUUCUGAGGCCGUGUCAGCCCUGCCCGUCCUGGUCUGUGCGUGCCCGGCUCCCUCCCUGGUGAAAGCCGUGGCUCCGAGGGGCUUUGAGGGCCUCGCCACCACCGUGUUUGCAGGGUCUUGCUCUAGCCAGGGCCUCUGUGGCGCCUGAAAAGCAGGGGACUUCGCCUCCGCAUUUCCGCCUCGCCUUGGAGGGGCACAGGCUUGGAGGGGGCCUUGCUGCUGGGGUCUCCCAGAGCCCCCCAAGAUCUGUGCUUCCGGCCGAGCCCGUGCUCAGCCCCCAGCAUGGGGGUAAUAACCCUCCACGCAGGAGCAGGUGAGAGGACGGAAAGUGUAGCGGUGCCACCCCUCGGUCACAUAAAACACAGCGAACCUCU